AUGUGGCAUCGACCAAGGCGUUCGAUUCCUGUGAUACUCAUCAUUUCACUUAUCAAAAAUCCAGCACUAAGCAUCGAUCCAGAAUGUUAUAUGACCGUCCCACAGGUCGCACGACAUUUCGGUUAUCCAUCAGAAGUUCACCUAGUGAGAACCGAUGACGACUACAUCCUUGAAAUCCACCGAAUUCCACAUGGGCAAGAAAGGCCGUUAGUAUUUUUGCAACACGGUAUCUUUUCCGACGGCUUCAACUGGACACCAAAUCUCCCGAAUCAAUCAGCCGCCUUCGUUUUCGCCGACGCCGGAUUUGAUGUGUGGAUCAGCAACUCACGUGGAACACCGCCUUCUCAGAAGCACAUUGGUUAUGGGCCACACGACCAACGAUUCUGGAACUUCACAUGGCAAGACAUGGCAGCUUUUGAUUUGCCAUCGUCAGUCAACUACGUGCUUGAAAAAGCAGAUAGCUUGUACUAUGUAGGGCAUUCACAAGGUACCGAAAUAAUGUUCGCCAAGCUUGCAGAGGAUCAACGAUUUGCUUCCAAAAUCCGUCAGUUUCAUGCACUGGCUCCAGUGGCGACCGUAUCUCAUGUCGGUGGAUUAUUUCGGUUGUUCGGAGAACGAUUCACGACGAUUCUCGCCGAACUUUUUCUUCGUCGGAUACCGAACUCUCCGUUAACACUGCCAAAGAUCGUGCAAAAGAUGAUCAGUUAUUUUUUAUUUCUGAGCAUAAAUGAAUUUCAGACACGUAUUGGUGUCUAUCUAUGUCAUACACCGGCAGCGACCUCUGUGAAGAAUAUCCUUCAUUGGGUUCAGAUAGUAAAGUCACGAAAAUGCGAAAAAUUCGACUACGGUCCGAAGGGCAAUAUGCAAGAAUACGGCAAGGAAACACCGCCGAUAUUUGAUUUGAGGAAAAUAACUACACCGACAUAUCUUUACUGGAGUAAAGACGACAUCCUCGCUGAUACUGAAGAUAUAAGGGAGUCGAUACUCUUAGCGAUGAACGCGACAAUUCGAGGAAGCUACGAACUGCUACACUACACACACCUUGACUUUGUCUUUGGUAUAAAUGCCACCAAUGACGUCUACCAACCCAUUGUGGACAAGAUACGCCAGGAUUUUAUCACAAGAAAGAUGCUGCUCUUGUUACUCAAAACCCAUUUCGGGAAAGCAGUUUAA